AUGUCCGUUUCUACAAACAAGGAUUAUGACGGAUGGAUUGCCAGAAGCUUUACUACCAGUGAUAAGAAUGAGGAUGAUGAUCAUUCGCAACAGGCUUCUUCCAACAAGAACAACGACAAGCAAGGGCAAAAUAAAAACAAGAAUAAGAUCCCAACAAGGUUGGUCCUUCAUUUGGACAUUAACGAAACCAUCUUGUUGGGAGAUGAUGCGGGAGGGGAUUCGACCAGCGAUUCGAUUCAGAAAAUGUUGGCCAAGUCGGCCUUUUGUCAGUUGCCAACUUUGAGCGACAAGAAAUUGGACUGGGACAAUACCCAACAAGUAGAACCUACCCAUUGGUGGGAUGGCCAAAGGAUUGGACACGAAACAUCCAUGCCGCCAUUGUAUACAGGGUGGGAGUGGCCACCUAACACCUGUCCUUAUUAUCGAACCAAGUUCAAGAAAUACAGCAAGGAAUUUGUUUCAAAAUCCACAGAAGAGGAAAUAGUCUCAGCCAGUACAGGGCAACAUCCACAUCAUGGAAAGAUUUACAAACCCAUUUGGGAAGAAUGCCAACGAUUGUUAUUGUCCACUACAGUUGAUACCUCUUCUGCGGCCCAAGCUUCCAGGAAUCGUCAUCCACACCUCUUACCGGCGUUUUAUCAUAUCCUCGAAUACUUACAACAACAACAACAACAACAACAACAACAAUCUACUUCCAAUAAUCCAACCACCUUGGUCUUUCGUACCUUUGGUUCGGACAUUCAAGAAGUGGCCCAAUGGGUUACCGACUUUGCCAAGGAACAAGACUGCCCUUGGUUGCAGAUUGGACCUGAUCAGCUAUUUCAAGGGCGAUGGAAAGAAUCGGAGGAACAACAAGAUGGUGCUGUGAUCUAUCAAUUGUGGGAUUUGACCGAAACCCAUGUGGUGGCCAAGGAUGAAGAUGAAAUCUUGAAGCUAUUGAAUAGCGGGACCAUUUUUGGAAUUCGAGAUGACUACAACCAUUGGAAAAAGUUUCAUUGGCUUCCAACUAGUGGCAAACCGGUUUGGAUUCCCAGGACUCCUCCUCCUGCUCCUCCUGCCAGCGACAAGGAAGCAGAGGAACCACCAGUAUUUUGUCACCACUUGCUGUUUGACGACAACAUUCACAAUUUACCUGACGAUGGUAUUGCUUGCAUUCGCCAACAACAUUCGACAGAAGACUCAAAGUUUACAACUGUCGACGCUUCAAUCAUGCAUGGUGGGGAAUAUCAAGGGAUUCAUCUGAAACGAGUUCCCACUGUGGAGCCUGUGUUGAAUCCCAACUGGUACAUUGAACAAAUAGAGCACUCCCAACUGCUGCUGCAAGAAAAGUUAAAUGAACAACUUGCACAGGAUUGA